GGUGAAAUGAUUUAGUUGGGGUGAACUGCUUCGCGUAGAAAAUGCUUGACGCAAAAACUAUAACGGAAAUUCGGAGGGAGAAUAUCACUGAUUAGCAAAUAAGAUGUGUUUUAAAAACCUGACGGGUACCCGACUGAGGGUCAUGAUAUGGGUGGGCUUUGUGGUGGGGUGCGUUGCCAAGUUUGUCACGGGCUCCCUGUUUGUCUACAACGUGUAUCAAGAUGACAUCAAACAGACAUUCAACUACACCCAGAAAGAAAUGGAAAUCCAACCAUCGCUUUUGAACCUGGGACUUGGCAUGGGGUUUUUACCGGGAAUGAUUUACGACAGGUUUGGACCCACUGUGACGUCACUGGUCGGACUCUUCGUCUCUGUGGGGUCCUACAUGCUGUUAUGGAGCACCACCCGAUUCAUCGAUUUCUAUAAAACGGCGGGAGGAUUAGUAUCAGUGUACUUCAUGUUCUGUGGUCUUGGUUCCGUCUUUACCUAUAUGGUUGCCCUCAACACAAACGUCAUCAACUUCUCGGAGAAACACAGGGGUAAAAUCGUGGGCGGACUGAACUGCUUCUUUGCCGGGAGUCCGUCAGUCUUCUCCGUGGUGUUUUAUCAAUUGAUCCAGAAAGCUGAAGAUCAUGCCGACAGUUUUGCAACAUUUAUGGCAUUUUUUGCAAUUCUCUUCGCCUUCGUUGACAUCGUCUGCGCUUUGUUUCUGCGCGUAUACAAAAAGAGAGAUGAAGAAGUGUACACAGUGGAUCCUUCCAAAAUAGAGGAAGAUAUUAAUAAUAAAGCUAAUACUGAGCAGAACAGUGAUCCUAAAUCUAAACCUGAGGUUCAACUGAAUGACUUGUCAGGUGUGAAUUCACAAAGCGAAAAUAAGUGUUGUGCCCCACAGAAAUCUCAAAAAGUCGAGCCAAAAACUCUCAAAGAAAUUCUGAUUGAUGUUGAUUUUUACCUGUUGAUUGGCAUGUUCAGUUGUGCCUCAUCUAUUGGACUCGUGUACCUUAACAACCUGACUGUCAUUUCCAAAGCAGUCCAUCUGGACCACAAAGACCAAGAUCUCGUGCUCAUUGUCCCCAUCACGAACGCUCUCAUCAGUGUGACCAUUGGCUUUGCUUCCGAUUUCUUCCAGGAGAAAAUCCAGCGAAUGGUUAUCCUGAUGUUUUCUUGUUUCCUGUACGUGGGUCUCACGGUUCUCGCUAUGUUGCUAGGCGACAGCUACACCGCGUUAUGUUUUGCAACUUUCUUUUGUGGGCUGGGAACUGGAAUAAUCUGGUCCCUUACACCCACAGUCAUGAGUGAAAUGUUCCACAUCUCAAACCUCGGAAGGAACUGGGGUAUCGCUCUGUUGUUUGCAGCACUGCUGGGAAUGGCCGGACAGUAUUCUUUCGGGGCUCUGUAUGAUGAACAGAAGCCGGAAAACGAGUUGUUUUGCUACGGUCUGCACUGCGUGGCCGGGGGACUGGGCGUGUGUGUGGGUUUCUCUGUCCUCGCUGUUGUGUUUGGUAUUAUCUUAAUGCUUCAUCGGGGUAUCAAAUUAUCUCGCUAGUAAAGUUUCUCAGCGCUAACAAUUAUGGUGCAAGAAAAUGAUAUAUUUGCUUUUUAAGAGUAUUGUAAAAGUUUUGUAUAUGAUAAUAACCCGGUUGUUUUGGAUAUUUGUUCACACUGCUACAUCAAAAUGAAAUUAUGUCUAACGGUUGUAUUUGUCAUUUGUUUCACAAUUUUGAAUUAAAUAAAAUUAAUGUAUAUACAUGUAUUACCACUUUUCCUGAAAAAAAGCUGACCUUAACUAUACCAUUGCGCCCUCCUUGAAAAUAGAUAUUCAUUCAUACUUUAUUUCCUCCAAAUAAGAGGGAAGUGAAAAUACAAAUGAAGAAUGAAUGAAAAGCGACCAUGAAAAUUACAGAGAACAUACUUAAAUAAAGAGUCUACAAUGUUCAUUUGAUAAGUCACAUCCCAUUCCAACUGGAAGUAAUUAAGAAAAAAACUACAUGUAACUGUCACCAUGUGAGAAACACUUAUUUAGAGUGACAUAUUGUUUCUUUAAUUUAGUGCUAAUUAUUUCUAAUUAGACCUUCACCGCCGGACAUUAAGAUGUCACCUGUUAUUGAACUAAUUAUAUAUCUUGAGUAAUCCUUUAAAUCAAUUAUUGUAUGUGUCAAGUGUAACUCUAUUUAUUUACACCUGUAUGUAUGUUUUACCUAUGAACUAGUCGUUAUCUACAAUGAUCGUCAGUUGGAGACUGGACCUUGUAUUGUCCAUGCCGACUGCAUAGAUCGUGUAUAAACGACAAGUUUGGAUCAUUAAUAAACUGUUAUUCGACA